AUGCCUACCAAGGAGAGAGUCUACAACUGGUAUGUGUGCCUGGUUGCUGCCAUGUGCAUGGUGUUGUAUGGCUACGAUGCGUCCGUCUUUAAUGCUGCACAAGGCUCGACAAACUGGCUGGCAUGGAUGGAUAUCGACCCCGACAAGGACACUUAUCUGCUCGGUCUGAUCAACACUGCCUAUACGAUUGGAGCAAUUGUAGCAGGUUGGUUCAUGGGCGGUCCCAUUGCUGAUUACUUCGGUCGCCGCGUCGGCAUGGGCACUGGCUGCUUCGUCACUAUUAUUGCAACCUUCCUGCAGACAUUUUCCCCCUACCACAAGCUUGGCUGCUUCAUUGCCGGUCGUGUCAUUAUUGGUCUGGGCCAGGGCAUCGCCUUGACUGCAGGCCCCGUCUACAUUAACGAGAUGGCGCCGGCAGAGAUUCGCGGAACCAUCAUGACCUUUUGGCAGCUCAACUACUCUGUCGGUUCAUUCAUUGCCUACUGGAUUGCCUUUGCCACUGGCAAGUACAAGGCUAGGCUUGGCGAAUGGGACUGGAAGAUGGUUGUCAUCUUUCAAAUGCUCGUUCCCAUCAUUGUCCUCGUCCUCUUGCCAUUCCAGCCCGACUCCCCUCGAUGGUACAUCAAGCGCCACAACAAUAUCGAGGCGGCACGAAAUGUCCUCCGAAAGAUCCGCAACACGGAACAGGAAGUGGAAGACGAGAUUCUGGCCAUCCGUGAAGCUAUUGAAUUCGAAAAGGAGGCCAUUAGCAGCAACUACUCGGCUCUCUUCAAGGACCCUUCGGUUCGCAAGCGUCUCUUCCUUGCUUUCAUCAUGAACAUGGGUCAACAACUCACUGGCCAGGGAACCCUCAACUCGUAUUCCACCGCCAUUUACAAGAAGAUCUGGACGGAUCACAACACGAUCAACCUCAUCAAUGCUCUGAAUGCUACUUGCGGUAUUCUAUUUACCCUGAAUGCCGCCUGGACUGCCGAUAGAUAUGGUCGUAGAUGGCUCCUGAUGGUCGGAGCCACUGGCAUGGCCGUGUGCAUGCUGGUGGUGCCCGUGGUCGGCCUCGCCACGCCCACCGUCGACGGCGUCAAGUCGCAGUCGGUCGGCAUCGGCAUCGUCUUUUUGCUCUUCCUCUUUACCUUUUUCUACAAGCCCUCGUGGGGCGCCACAACCUGGAUCUGGACCGCCGAGGUCUUUUCCGUCAACGUCCGCGCCCAGGCCGUCGGCAUGUGCUCGCAGAUGCAAAACGUUGCCAAUACCAUCUUUUCGCAGUUCUUCCCCACCUUUCUCACCAACACUGGUUUGAAGUGUCUCUUCUUCUUCAUGGCCAUGAACAUCAUCCUUGCCUUCUUUGUCUUCUUUUUCAUUCCCGAGACCAAGGGUAUCGCCCUCGAGGAGAUUGAUGUACUCUUUGGAGGACAAAACCACGUCGAAAAGGGUGGCAACAUCUUGGGUGUGCCAGAUGCUCACCACGCUGCAGUGGGUACAGAGACUAUAGAGGAGAAGCCGACUGUGCAAUCACGGGAAAUCCGUGUUUGA